ACGUUUCAGUUGACUUGUCGCGGUCGAUGUAGGUGGACACGUUUUUAGAACCGAGCUGUAUGCUAUUCGGACUAUCACAUGAGUGUUGCUAUUGUUGUGUUUGGUGAUGAAAUGGAUGAGAGAAGGAUUAUCUUCCUGUGAGAGUUCUCGUAGAGUCUCAGUGGAGUGCCGCUUUCAGUUAAGGCUCGAGGAAAAUCCGUGUGAUCGCAUUAGUUCAGAGCAUUUCUGACACUGAUAAAUGAUAAGUGUAAUAAGAGUGAAGCAGUUUAAGUAUCGAUGUCAAAUGUGCUACAAUUAAAUCGUUCAUAAAACCAUUCCGCAAACAAAGCAUUUUGAAUUUUAGGCUCUGUUGAGUUGGCAAAGCAAGAAAGCGUGUCGGAUGUUGAUUCAUCGUUCGGUGUUUGUGAAUUUGAAAUUCAUAGGUAAUGAAGUGAUAGAUCCCAUGCGAUCAUAGAGCAGUGAUACAUGAGAUGCAUUAAGUGUAUGUACUACUGAUAGUCCAAGUGCGUGGUGUCUCCAUUGAUUGUUAUUGUUCAUCCUGAAAAUGCGAAGCAAGGCCAAUUGGAUAUAAUUAACACACCGAAAAUUGCGAAAAGUGCGUUCUUCUACUUACUGGUGGAUUCAUAAUUAGUGAGCGUGAAAUUGUGCAAAAGCGCAGUGAAAAUUAAAAGUUAUUAAAACGGCCACAGCAAAGAAGAAAAUUCGAACCAGUAGAAACGAAAAAAAACUCGAACCAGUUGGAUUUACGAAAGGAGCAUCGAAUAAAUCACUCUCAAUGGCAGCGAUUUCGAUUGGAUAAAAGAACGAAAUUACGUAUUCAUCAAUUGCAAUUGUCUACUGUUAGCGCCAUAGUCGUAUUGCUCAGAUGAUGUAUUUAUUCAGAGAAUGGUCAAACGCUUCAACCUUUCCAUUCGGUGCGAAAUGAAUGAUCCUCAAUAGAGUAAUUAUGAGCUGCUUAUUGCCGCCAUAAACAGACACUCGCAUUCAGUGCAAUACAGUUUUUCAUGUCCUUUCAUCGUGUUCCACGUAAACAGUCUACAGUCGUGAGCUACUGUAGCCCAUAUUUCAACGUUUGUGAAUGAAAAAAGUGAAGUAAAAAAUGGUUGUACCGCGCCCACCAACCACCCACCUUCCGUGUUAAUAUAAUUAUGACACAAAGAUAAGGAUAACUAAAAGCAUUACAGUUGAAAACGUAGCCUAGUGCGCGAUUAAAAAGAACUGAAAAUUAGUAAAAGCGUGUGUUGAAUAAAGUUCUUCGAAUUAGUCAAAUUAUUCAUUCGACAACUCGCUUCUAAUUCAUUUGGUGUCGAUGAAAUUUUCAUGCAAACAUCCGUGCCAUUUAUUAUGCGGGUUGGCUUCAAUGCGCUAAUGUUCCGCAGCAGCAUUACCCGUGGAGUAAAGUAAGCAUUUCGGAGUAUUCUAUUCGCACUUUACCUAAUUCCACCGGAAAACAUAACAUAAACAAAGUGCGAGAGUGAAUACUGCAUGCAAAUUUACAUUUGCGGCAUCGAAAGCGUGUGCUCCCUCAACCACCCCAUUUCGGACCACACAAAUCGCAUAAAUACCCAUACAUUCUCCGAUGGUUAUAGUGUUUAUGUUGCAGGAGAAUUUAUAGUGAUAUGGAGCAUUGAAAAGAAUGCAUGUUACUAAUUGAAAUUAUGAUAACUAAUUAAACAUUAAUGAUGACGAGUGACAUAAAUUAGGGAUUGUGCAGGUGGAGAAAAAUUUUAAAUUGACCUUAGUGGAAUCGACACAACUGACACGAACCAGGAUUUGUUGUUCCCAUGCACCUCGCCAUAUAAAUGUGUUGUCUAGCAAAUUGUCAGUUAUUAAGUCUAUUUAUGGAUAAAAUGGAUUACAUGAGACUGGUAGUACUCCUUCUAGCUGCAGUUUGUGUGAAAGAUUCCGAAAGUCUGCAGCGAUUUGCUGAGCAGCCAAAAUACAGUGAAGUCAAUCCUGGCCAAGAUGCUCUACUGGUGUGCAAAGUAAUUGACAAACGGGGCGUAUGCUCGUGGCAAAAAGACAACAAACCGGUAGGAAUUUAUCCGAAAAAGUAUGAAUGGGCGAGCCAGUACGGGAUCGGCCAAACAACACAUGUAGGCGGUGACUGUUCUCUGUGGGUUCGCGCCGCUCAGCUCGAAUUCGACGAUGGGCUGUGGGAGUGUCAGGUCACAGCUAGUGAUUUCACGACACAAGAUGCACUUACAAGUCAACCAGUGCGAUUAGUGGUUAGAGUUCCACCACAACGACCCAGACUGGAGCAUGAAGGUGUUCACGUUCCUCCAGGGCACAACGUUACCGUAGACUCCGGUGCAAUGGCCACCGUUAAAUGUGUCUCGCACUAUGGAAAUCCUCCAGCACAGCUGAAGUGGUUUUUAGGAGAUCAAGAAAUAUCUCCACUUCAUCCGCAAAUUAAUUCCACGGAACCGGAUAACCCUAGGACGUGGUCAGCCGCGACUGUGGUACAAAUUCCAUCGAAUAAGGAUAGACAUGGUGCUAUUCUGAAGUGUCUCGCAAUUCACGAGUCUUAUGCAACCCGCUCGGUAGCUGUCGAUGCCAGAUUAGAUGUUAAGUAUGCUCCUACGAUAAGACUGCUCGGGGCACCUCAGAUCGAUCUGGAGGAAGGAAAAAAUUCACUCAUCCUACGAUGUUUGGCUGAUGCCAACCCAACCGCCAGCAUAGUGUGGCGUCGAGCGGGUCGCUCGGAAAUCGCUAGUUUACAAGAAUCGCUCCAACUACGACCUGUUGGUAGACGUGAUGCCGGUUUAUACACGUGUCAGGCACAAAAUUCGGUGGGAACAUCGGAUACUCUUUCAGUUCAGUUAGAUGUUAAAUAUGCUCCAAAGAUAUUAUCCGCCGGUCCGGAUCGUCUAACGACAGCACCACUUUUCAGUCCUGCCGCCUUUGAGUGUGUGGCGGAGGGAAAUCCACCACCCACGUAUAAGUGGGUACAAAGGAUCUCAACACAGGGUAAACCAUUCCUCGAUAGGGGACGAGAAUCAAGACUGGUAAUAGAUAAUGUAACGUACGACUAUCAGGGCGAGUACGAGUGCCGGGCAACUAACUUCAUCAAUGGACAGGAAAGAACGGCCACAUCUGAUCCGAUAGCACUGCAAGUGGUAGGAGCGCCACAGGUUCUGCGGACGUCACCAACAUCCACCGGACAUUCCGUAUCAGUACGGAAGGGAGAUUCAGCAACACUUUCGCUGAUUGUGUGUGCCGAUCCCAGACCACGGCAUGUUGCCUGGGAGUGGGGCUCACUGCGAUUGGAAGCGGGAUCUGGAAUAGGUCGCUAUCGAGUGGACGACGUUACACAAGACAGCCGGGAAGACUGCUACCUUGCUACUUUGCACAUCGACGACGCUGAUCUGCAGGACCAACGGCCGUACUAUUUGGUGGUUGAGAACGAGCGGGGCACUGACCGACAUGCUAUAAAUCUCCGCGUUGAAGGGAUGUUUUCGGUGGAGCCACUGGAGCUUAGUUACCUUCUCGGAAUCGCCGGGGGAUGCCUAGCUGCCUUCCUUAUGUUCGUCUGUCUGUGUAUUUACACGAUACGAAGGAGAAAGUGUUGUUUCAGAAAUCGACACAACUACAAAACCUCAGAAAAGGAUAGUGAAAAGGCGGAUCUAAAAUCGCGAUCCGAUAGUACCAGUGUUCCACCGCUCGAUUCCAUCUAUACGACCCCGACCGGUUUCCAUCACCAUCAAAACGGAACCCCAGGCUCACCGGAAGCUAUGAAGACGAUGCCUGUUCUUCGGACAUUUGGCAAUCAUGUAGCCUAGCGGGAACGAAACCUGCCGGUCACUGGUGGCUAUAGUAGCAGUGAUUAUAACCAUCACGAUAUUUACUAUUAUCAUCAUGAACACGACCAUCACUUUCAACACAAUCUUGAUAACGAACACAAACAUCCACACAACCACUAUGCAACUUAUCACUAUUCUACUAAAACUGGAAACUCCAAUCAGUCCAAAAAGUCCAAGAUCAAGCACGAGAUUAGAAAUGAGUACGAAUCUGCACAGUAUAACUACAAUAACGACAAAUCUAACCAUAAGAACAGGAAAUUGAGUUGUGAACUAUCGUCGGCCGAAAUGCAAAACGUGCAAAAUUAUGAUAUAAAAAAGCAUAACAAAAGCAAAUCACAGUCACAAAUGCUGCUACUGCAAACAUCUAUCCCACCACCAUUACCGAAAUCCGAAUCCGUUUCCUCUCAUGUGUCCUCUCCGACCUCAACCAUUCGUAAGCUUCGUGAUCCUUCGCCGCCUCCUUUACCACCACUGCUAACCACAGCGAAUGUAAAUAAAUCACAACAAGCACAGCAGCAACAUGCUAAAAAACACGGUCAGAAACAGCAGCAGCAGAAACUUCAGCCACCAUUAAAUAACACCGCUUUCAGUAGUAACAGCAAUAGCAGCAAUAAAAAGAGUUAGCUUCAAAACAAGCACCACCAGUAAGGUCGUGUGGUAGGGAAAACUUGUCUAGGCGAAAAAAAACCGGCGAGCAAAAAAAGUUCAAACAAUUCAACACUGCACACAGAUUUAGCUCACAGAAACCGAAACAACAGAACAAAAAUAUUUCACAACCCGUGUAACUGUAGAAAUUAAAAGUGUCAAAAGUGUGUAUAAAAAUUAUAUUCGCACCACUUUCUCCAUUUGAACACUGUACACCAAGGAAAAAUGGAAACAGCACAAAUGAAAACACACUCAUGAGUCAACAGUAAACUCAAAUACCCACCACAACACACAGUCGCAUUCGGGUGGCUCGGGUGAAUCCUACCAGGAAAGUGCAACCGGGUGAACAGAUUUUAUGCACUUUGAUUUUAUUUCAGACUAAUUUGCUUAACCUCUAAAAUAAACACAUUACCAGCAAUGUUUUUCACCACACCAAUUCCGCCUAGCCCAGUACUGCUCAGAGUGGAAUUUGUAAUUCUAAAACAUACCCCCACACAUUGAAUUGCGGUGAGCUUCUAGCACCAUUCUGUCCUUUCCUAUUCAGCACACUUUUGCGAAAUAUAAACUGUGUACGUAAUUAUUUCUAAAUGAAAACAAACAACUUCUAACGACCGUAUUCUGAAAUCUAAGAGUGUUUAAUCACUAACGUUGAUCGAAUCAAUCAACUUUGCUACUGUAAUGUAAAGGAAUAAGGAGGCAGUUUCAAGAUGAGGUUCAAUUCUACGCCUAGAUCGAUUUGACUAAACUUUAUUUAAAUCGUUUACAUACAAAAAAAAAUUCACAUUUUGAGUAAUACAAACUCCUUAAUGGUUUCUCAUUGAUCAAGAUUAAUAGAGCUUUAGACAUCAAAAAAUAUCUUUCAUGAGCUUGACAAAGAUAUCGAGUGAAAACGGGUAUCCAGGUAAAAAUUUAUAACAUGAGAUAAUAUCACUUUUGACGUAGGACAAAGCUUGUGUUUUCUAUAUAGGAGUGCAGAUAGAAAACACAGCCUAUAAAACAUUACUAACUCUUAGUAGGUUUUGAACACCUACUGCUCAGCCAAUGUUGGACAGAUUUUGGGUUUCAUUUCACUUUUUGGAAAUAUUUCUACGCAUCGAUGAACGUAGAUAAAAAUUUGUAAAAUGUAUACAAAAAAUAUGCAUUGUCAUUGUUUUGUUUUUACUCUUUAAUGUGUGUGUGUAACUACAGUAGUAUUGAAUCGAUUUACAUUCUAUGCGGUUCGCACAAGAAGCGAUCAGUUACAUCGGAAUUCACCUAAUUUUUGUAGAUUUUGAUGUUUUCACCAACUUCAACAAACCAAACGGUCCUUCCCAAGCAUCCAAAAUUCUCAGAGUUCUCAGCGUAGAAACAAACAGACACUAACUGCUGCCAGAAUAUUCAAAACAAAAAUAACAAUGGUUUAGACAAUAGUUGUGUAGUCAACAGUUCGAGCAUGUCAUCGGCAUCUUAGAGCUAAGGCAGUGUGCUAUGUUGAAUAUAUAGUUUUAAAAAAAACAGUUCGAGCAAUCCCAUAGCGCUGUCCCAUGUAAUUUUGUGUAACGAAUUUUCACAUUCUAUCUUCGUGAAUGAUUCCACGAAAUCAAAAGUAUAAUAAACUGCUUAUCAAUUGAAGUAAUAUUUUCUCCAGAUUAGACAAAACAGUUCGCUGUAAAGGCUUGUUAUUAACUCAACAAUUCUACCUAAAGAAAAUUUUUCGGAUAGUUCUUUCAUUAAUUUGGAUUUUCUUUUUUUCAGCGGAAACAAUUCAAAAUAGUUGGCUUUCAUUCUAGUUUAUGAAAGUCGUUCUAUCUUUUUUCUUUCGAAUUAAUCUACAUUCUUCGUAGUUUAAAAAACCGUGAAAAAUCUCACAUGAAAAUAUAUCUUUGUUAAAAUCGAUUGCACUUAAAAUAAUUUUUUUUGUGAUUCAUUUAUAGAGGUUCAAACCGCUUGGUCAUUUGCCUCUUGAGUCUGAAAAGUUUUCUAACUCUAAGUGCGGAAUUGGAAAAUGAUCCCAGACGGGCUGUUUUAGAAAAUAAUUAUUGCAACGUGGAUUUUUUACCGAAAAAAAUAAUUUGCGAAAUAGUUCACAGCCUAAGUCACAUUCAAACUAUUAGAUUAGUUUUUGUGAACAAUUUCAUGCUCACCGCGAAUAAUCCCUCAGACUCACUAGAGCUUAAAUUGUAAUAAUCACGAUUCCAGAAGAACAUCCCUCGCACAUGAUUUAAAUGGGCAUACAGCUGUUACUGAAUUGUCAGUGAGUUCUGCAAUUUUCAAAUAACAUUUUACUCCAUCCAACUGCAACAAAUGAUAUUUUCGUUUCAUGAUUAUUCACCAAUCUUCAAGUAUUUCAAUAAACGAUCAAAGUUUAUAUAAAGAAAAUUAUUUUUCAAUAUAUGAACAUGGAAAAUUUUGUUGCAAAUAAUUUACUCGCCCAAUUGAAUCUAUCGUCUCUCAUUUAGAUCAUAUAGAAAAUAUAUGAAGAUUGAGCUUGAUCAGUUAAAAUAUAAUUCUGCGCCAGCGGUUAACAGUUUGUAUCGGAUUUAUUAGAGGGAAACUGACUUUUUACAAACGAAAUCGUCUUGAGGCCUCCCUAUAAAAAUCAGUCAACUCGUAAUUUUCAUACUUUUUUACGUUUCCUCUUUGACUCCUCAAUGUGUAGCAGUUUAUGUUCAACUGCUAUCGCGACUUGGUGGUUUAACAUAAACGUCUAGGCAGACGUAAAGUUAAUGCUAUUUUCAAAACACUUUUUGCUUUUACACAGACACUGACGUCUCAAACGAAACAAGUUUCGGCUAGGGGACGGGUAUAGCAUGAUGAGUAAGUCGAUGCCUUUCACGCUACCCACCUGGGUUCGAUUCCCAACCCCGCACAUAGGGUUAGGAAGGUUUUUCUGGCUCGAAAAGGCGAAAGACCUGAAGGUUAAAACCUCUAUAAUCGAAUAAAGGAAAAGUUUCGGCUAGCUAGCCGUACAGAUUGUGUUCAUUGACGAAGAAACACAUUUAGCUUUUAGUUCGCUGUUUCCGGUAUGUGGCAGAAUGGCAACAGUAUACUUCCAAGGGUUAAAUGAAACAAUGAUUUAUUGUUCAAUAUAGGGUCAGAACUCAUAAAAUCGUCCAGAAAAAAUGACUGUUUAUAUUUGCGGUUCAAGUGUGAUCAUUAAAAUGUCUUUUCAGAAGAAACAAUGAAAUAAAAUUAUAACAGUUAUUAUGCCAUAAUUAAUUUGAAAUAUUUAAACAAAUUUGAAUGAAACUUUCACAGUUACGAAAAAAAUUCAUAUUUAUUUCUUUCAAUUCUUGAAAACAAUUAACAUUUGAAACAUCGUGAAAAAAUAUCAGUUUAUUCUUGUAGAAAAUCAUUUUAAUGAUCAAAUAAAAUCGAAUUAUACACACAUGAACAAAAACUAUACAUAUUUAUUUUUCUGAUCGAUUAACGAAUUCUGAUCUUAUUUCUAGCACCACUGGCUUAGUACGAGAGUUGUUACUUAUGAAUUUAGCCUAAAAUGAAAACAGUAUUAUAUUUGAUCGAAAAUACCAUUUAUACCGAAAAAACAAGCUACUAUUUUCUUUGAAGUGCUUCUAGCGCUAACAACUUUUGUUGGAUUUGGUUCUUCUUGGAACAUUUUCCAAUACAGUCGACUGUUGUUUGGUUUCGAGCUCAAAUGAGUAAAUCCAUGUUUCGUCAUCUGUGUAGAUGUUAUACAUCAUGCAUUGAAGCACCAUGAUUUAUUUUUGCCUUUCUCUAUAGAAAGGUAUUAGAAUUGCUGGAAAAACCGACUUUCGAACGGAGCCUCGGAGACCCAUAGUGUUAUAUACCAUUCGACUCAGUUCGAAGAAAUCGGAAAAUGUCUGUGUGUGUGUGUUUUGUGUGUGUAUGAGUGUAUGUGUGUGCAAUUUUCGAAGAUAUUUGAACGCGCUCAAUUUUUUUAGAGAUGGCUGAACCGAUUUUAACAAACUUAUGCUCGUUUAAAAGCUACUGUCGGGCCAUUGAUCAAGUUCAAAGAUCAAAUGGCUGUGACUUUUGGUUCCGGAGAUAUGAUUGUAUAAGUGAGUCAGCAAAUCGCAUAGGAUGGUGCUACACUGCAAAAAGUCGAACUAAACGAUUGAAGCACUCUUGUCUAUUAAUCCACGAUGAAAAUCGUAAUGAAUCAUUGCACGAAAAUGUUCACGAUUCAAUUCCUUUUUUUUUGCUGAGGUAAAAUUUCCAACUCACUGUAAACAGAACAAAUAGCUCUCAAAUGACAGAUUGUUCUGAAAAUUGUAUUGGGUAAAAAUGUUAAACUUUAUGAUCGAAACGUCAAAUCCACCGAGCAACACUUAGUGUUGCCAAGGCUAAAUACAUAAGUAACAACCUACGUAUUUUUUUGUAAAUACGAUCUACAUGGAUGUAAAACAAUCAAGUCAUAUUUGCAUUCUUUUUUGCAUUGCAUUAAAAAUGAAUAUAGAACUUAUAGAUGGCUUUCACCGAACUUUUGAUCAGUUUUCGUUUAAUAUCACACGUUUAGAAGUGUUUCAAUCGUUAUAUUUGGAAAAUUUCUAUUAUAGACAAAAAAACUUUCUUAUCGUUCAGGAGCAAAGUGUACCAUUUUGUAGAAUUUAGGCAAACACUCGAAUAAUUGGCAGAAGUCAGGGCCUAGGAGAAAAUUCGGUUACCGGGAUACAAAAGCCCGCAAACCUCUAGUUUCCUUAAAUAAAACUUCAAACUUUGUUGCAAAUUUGUGGGCAUGGAAAUAUCAUCGACUCGUGAGAUUUUUAAAUACAUUAACUUAACAAAACAAUUCACAUGCAAAAUUUACUUAAAUUUUGAGUACCAAAUGCUAUCUUAACUUAACAAAAUAUAUUUCUGCAUGUUGGUUAUAUAGAUUCGUUCACAUGCUGCUCUAUUCUUAGUAUUGAUAAUGUCAUUCCUACUAACUUUUUGUUGUAAUUAUACGUUACCUUUUUCAUAAUUUGUCUGUUUAGGUAAUGUGGCACUGAUCCCAAGAAAACCUAAUCCUUUGAGCGGGGAUUAAAUAUCAUACCAAGUGACAGGUCACCAUCGAAAUUAUAGCCGCCCACCACGCCAGUAUCGCUCAGUCAAUUGAUUGUUGACCAAAACACCUAAAUAAGACGGAGCGAAACUUUUUAGGGGAAACGUCGGUGCUACAAUUCGGAACGAAUCUAAUUAAAAGAUAAAAUCUAUUGAAGCUCACUCGGAACUUAUGAAGCGGAACUCCCUGCGUCAGCAUACCCUUUGCUAAACCACAAACUUCAGAGUCGUUUCCUUUGUUGGCCUAAAACUCAGAUUCUAGCGACUCAUUUUCUUCGACGCUCUACUGUGUGAAUGAUUUUAAGCCUCAAAUUUUCGUUCACAUUAUCGUCAACUUUGAUGAUAUUUUUUAAUUGUUUUACCAGUGGGUGGUGUAGCAAUUAUGCGAAAAUUAGUUAAAAAUACGAUAACGUGCAUUGAACAAAUGACCGAACAAAUACCCCGUUUAAAUUCGAAGACAAUAACGGGUUUAGAAUUGGGCUGAGGUUUAAAAUAUUGUUUCAGAUCAUUAGUUCCGAAACAGGUCAAGAAUUUUGAAUUUUUUCAAAGUUGGUGAAUAAUUGCGUUAGAAUCUGUUAAAUUAACGGUAAUUAAGAUUUGCUCUGGUACGCAGCAGCAGUCGAACUUUUUAAAACCAUUUCUACAACAUGCAUUUUAUUAAACAUGAAAUAAAUAGAAAAAUCUUUCAUGUGAAAACUAGAAAAUCAAAUUUAAUGCCAUCAUAUUUCACUAUCGCGGAUCGGAAUCGUUUUAAUUGCAUCAUAUAUAAUAGAACAAUCCGGCUCUGUUUGUAUGGCUCGACUUAACCGUUUUGGAUAAAUGUUAUUAUAUGCAAGCCAAACAAAAUAAACAAUUCGAAACAUAUGUUUCUAUAUACAUUCAAUCUUUUUUAGAAGUACAUACCUUCCAAAUCCCUUGAUAUUUAUACUUAUAUGACUAGCUUCCGUGACAUUAACCAAGGAGAUCAAGUCAGUGCAGUGCUUUUGAAAAUUUGCUCUACGGAAAUUGAUUUCGAUAUCGUAGGUAGACUAGACAAUUCAAUUUCACCGAAACACCCCGAGGAUAGAAAAACAGAUUUCUUCUGGGAAACGGGACAGAUCGACAGAGAAAAAUACAGUUUAAUAGUAUCGUUUACGGUGCAUGGGUGACAUCACUUGUGCUUGGAACUGAUGAGGGACGUCUAUCGGUACCGUUUUCUUCUACAGAAGAUAGAUAGGAAGAGCAAAGGUGAAUUACUUUGUGUACAACCGUGUGUGUCUGAUUUUGACCAAAGGGUG